AUGCCAGCUCUUCGGGAGGCUCUCAUGGCACGGACAGGCGUGGCCAUGGGGCAGCUGGGUAUCGCUGUAUCACACGCCGAGCACAACAUCGCGGAAUCCGUCUCAACAUUACUACGGCGGGUGAAUAUUCCAUUCAACAGCACAAGUCCGCCCGGCUUGAUAGAAGCAAACACGGUUGACCCAUGGAACAAGAGUGGAAAAUAUGCGUUGGCAUAUGUCUACUUUUGCAUACCUUUGUUGGUCAUUGCGGCGCUUAUGCGAUACUACCACCUAUUCACGGACAAGAUCCGAACAGCAUUACAUCAAGAAGAGGUAUUGCAGUCCUCGAAGACAUCAUCUCCCGCCACAGACUACGAGCUAUCAGUACUUGAUACUGACAAGUCCACCAUGAAGUUUUUUCCUCGCGAAGGCCCGCUACCAAGUGUGCCAAAACAGCAAUCUAGUGUAUCGUCAGUGGGCCCAAUUAACAACAUAGUGGCCUUUUUCCGAUUCGUGUUCUAUCGACCGACUCCGCAAAUUCAGCUCAAGAAAGGAUGGAGGCCUAUUGUGUUUCCAUCUUUGUCGACAAUUGUGAUCGUGUCACUUGCUUUGAUCCUCGGAGUGCUCUACUGCACCCUCCCUCAGCCACUAUUUUGGGACAGCAUUGCUUAUGGAUCGCCUCCACUGGCAGUUCGCUCUGGGAUGAUGGCGGUUGCUCUCAUGCCUUGGAUAGUCGCACUUGCGAUGAAGGCGAACCUCAUCUCCAUGGUGACUGGUAUCAGCCACGAACGAUUGAAUGUGUUGCACAGAUGGGCAGCGUACAUUUGUCUGGGUCUCAGCAUCAUACACACUGUCCCUUUUUACGUUACCCCGAUCUGGGAAAAGGGUAUCGCAGCGCUUGUCCCCCUGUGUUUUCUUUGUAUGCACUCGAUCGCCCCUCUCCGCCACCGAAUGUACGAGCUCUUUGUAGCGCUCCAUGUGCCAGUCUCUAUUGUCUUCCUCGGCAUGAUGUUUUGGCAUUGCAACAACUACCUAACAUCUUGGGACUACCUACUCUCGACUGUUGCCAUAUGGCUGUCGUCCUAUAUCAUGCGGCUCUUUUACCUCAACUGGACUCGUCCAGGACGUAUGUCAUGGCUCAUAGGCGACGAGUGUGCUGUAACCCUCAUGCCAGAGAACGCCAUCAAGAUCACCAUUCCAACUCAGAUGAGAUGGAGGCCUGGACAAUACGUCUAUCUCCGCAUGCCUGGCAUCUCUGUAUUCGAGAACCACCCUUUCACCAUCGCCUCGCUCUGCAGCGAAGAUUUCCCUUCGACAUAUGCCGAGGGCCACCGCGACAUGGUCUUGGUCUUCCGACCAUUUGGAGGCUUCACCAGGAAGGUCCGUGAGAAAGCCCUCCAACACGGUCCAUGGCACACCUACCGGGCCUUUGUCGAUGGUCCCUAUGGAGGCAUGCAACGACGCAUUGAAGCCUUUGAUGACGUUGUACUUAUCGCUGGUGGUAGCGGCAUUACCGCCAUUGUUUCUCAACUGCUAUCCUUGAUUAAGAAGAUGCGUGAUGGCAAGGCAGUCACACGCAAGAUUCACGUCAUCUGGGCCCUCAAGCGUCCUGAGACGAUGGAGUGGUUCAAGGAAGAACUCCGUAUUUGUCGAGAGUACGCACCGCCCGAGACAGUAGAAUGUCAGUUCUACAUCACCGCAGCGAAGCGCAGCCUUGCUGGUGGACUGGUUAGUGCAAAGACACCGACACGUCCAGUGUCGCUCUACUUCCACGACAAGGUCAACGAUGCAUUCCAAAAUAUCGCCGAACACCGCUUGUCCGGCAUCUCGUCCAAGCGACACUCGGCCCUUAUCCGCGACGAAGCGCAAGGCGACCCAGAAAAGGAGUCUGAACUUCGACGCGAGAACGAAGACAGCAUUACCGCGCUCCCACAGGCGCACUUGCUGCCUAUCAACAGGGGCCAUCUUGCCCCACCGCGCCCCAGCCACAACAACGGCAGUAUCUCCGCAGAGUCAGCAAAUAGCUCGAACCCCGACCUCAUUGCCCCGGCGCCCCGCGGAUUGGCUGCCCGCCGUCAGGAGCGUAACCUUUCUCUUGAUAUUUCACAGGCUGUCGCGGCCGGCUCUGGGGCAAUGGCCCCUAGCAUUGUCCACAACCCUACUGAGACUACGCAAGGGUUCGACUUUGGUUUCCCCUCGACGCCCACCGAGUUCCAAAAGAACCUGAUGCGCUUUGCCUUUCUGCCCGCCGCCGUCAAGAAGAAGGACGGGUGGAGCACAGAAUACGGACGCCCAGAUAUACCGUAUCUACUCAAGGGACUGAGUAAAAACUUUGGCAGACGCACUUGUGUCUUUGUGUGCGGACCACCGGCAAUGCGCAUCAGUGUCAGCGAGACUGUUGCGCAGUUGCAACGAAGUGUGUGGAAUGACAGUGGGCGCGACGAAAUCUUCCUUCACGCCGAGAACUACGCUUUGUAA